CUGAUCUAUGCUGGAGGAGGCCAGGAGCAUCCUGCCACAGCAGAUUACAGAUUCACAGACUGAAUAGGGGUUGGAAGGGACCUCUGGAGAUCAUCUAGUCCAACCCCCCCUGCUAGAGCAGGAUCACCUAGAGCAGGUUGCACAGUAUUGCAUCCAGGCAAAGCACCAGAAUGAAAGACAUGGACAAUAUCAAAACUGUGAAGAAAGAAUGGAUGUGUAAAUCGGGAACCAAUGAUCAAGUUUUGAAUGGUACAGAACAAAACUGUGACUACUUUGUAGAUAACCUUUUUGAAGAAGCUCAGAAGGUUGGUGCUAUAUGUAUGCCCCCAACUACAGUCAAGAACCAGGUUGAUGUAAUCAUUAAACUUUGGAAAAAUGGGUUUACAGUAAAUGAUGGUGAACUUAGAAGCUACACUGAUGUUGCAAACCAGCAGUUCUUGGACUCCAUUAAAAAAGGGGAGCUGCCUUUUGAGCUACGGAAAGUUUUUGAUAAGGAGGAGGUAGAUGUGAAAGUGGAAGAUAAAAAAGAUAAGGUGUAUUUGUCAUCGAAAAAGCCAGUGUUUCAUCCAUUUUCUGGACAUGGUUACAGAUUAGGAAGUGCUACUCCAAGGAUAAUCUCUAAAAUAAGAGAUGAUCAUCAAGAACCUGACAACAAAAGACACUUGCCUUUAGUACCAUUAAAUGAUUUGGAGCCUAUCACUAACAUCCAGAUCUGGUUAGCUGAUGGGGAAAGGAUAAUUCAGAAAUUCAAUGUUUCUCACAGAAUAAGCCAUGUCAGAGACUUCAUAACAAAGUAUCAAGGAUCAGAGGGAAGUGUUCCCUUCAUGCUGACUACUUCGCUGCCGUUUCAGGAGCUGCGAGACGAGACACUCACAUUAGAGGAAGCAAAAUUGCAAAAUGCUGUUGUUGUACAGAGACUUCAGAAAACAACUGAACCUUUCAGACUCUUAGUGAUAAAAGCACCUGACAGUGACUAUAAAACUGCUGCUACACCUAAUGGACAGCUCAACAAUGAGCAAAAAAAAGCUAUCAAAAGUACAAGAUCAAAUUAGCUUUUAACUGGCCAAAAACUACAUACAGGUGGAACUAGACAAAACCAAAAAUGUAACCAGCAAUAUCUGGAUGCACUCUCAUCCUCAUGUACUGUGCUCUUAGAGAGCAAAAUUUGUGCUGUGCUAUCAUCUGCUAUAAUAGAAGUAUUUUCAACUAAAUUGGGUGGUCAGAGCCUGGCUACAUAACGUAGCAGAGGUACAACAGGCCAUCCUUAGAAUUUCCUUAGGUAGAACGCUUCUUAGUUCUUUAAUGAGCAUAUUUAGGUGGAACAGUUUCUCUAAGACUUAAUUACUACUGAUAGCACCUUUUAAGGAAAAAUAGUAUUUAUUUUUGCACUUUGGACUAAAGUGAAACUGAAAUGAUUGGUUUCACUCAUUUCAGUGUAAGCUGCUGCAGUUUGCAUUCUUCUCUCAGUAACUUUUAGGCAAUGGAUGCUGCAGGGAAGCUCAUAUUUGAACUCUUAACUAACUUGAGAAUCUUCAAUAUCAGUAUCUUCAGGAUUUAACUUUUAUCACAAGAUUUGCAGUGUAAUGUUCUAUCAAGUCUUCACAUGGUGGUAGGUGCAUGUGUGAGAAGAUAGAAAUGAGGUAGUCUGGUGCAUACUGCAUAUGAAGUGCCUCAAAGUAAGCUCUGAAGGAAUUGUUAUUGCCAGUUGUUAAAGUGGCUUCUGCCUCUCUUUUGCUGCUACGGGUGUCUUAUAGAUAGGGUGAUGUUCAACUACCUAGCUUGUUAGGGUAGAGAUCCACUUUUAGCCUUGUCAUACACAAACUUCAGCUUUUCUGGAAAUUACCAAACAAGAACAGUGGCUUAGAGGGACACAGCUGGUUUUGUACUAUAUAUCUGCCUCUCCUGAACUGGCCAGCUGAUUGAGAUGCUAAUUGCAUGUGGCCAAGUUUCAAAGAUGUUGGAAACCCUUGUUUGAAAACUGAGGUUUCUUUCCCCCCCUCUGCCUCAUUUCCAUCCAAAUCUUUUAUUUUACUAUUCAUAUACUCAAGGCAUAAAAUUUGUAGCUGACUAUUCCAUGUAUUGCUAAAGGAGAAAUCAACAUACAGACUAAAUAUUUUGUACUGUGUUUGCUAAGUAGCAUGUGGGUUUGUGAACGGAACUAGAGUCUCUAAGACUUAUCCUGGGGCCUUCAAUGAGUGCUGACUAGUUUGUGUUAUCUACGCAAAUGGAUGAUUGAUGGGGUUGUACUACUUCUGCAUUGUUAAGCGAAAGAUAGGUUUAGGAUUUCCUGGUUUUGUUCUAAAUAGAAAAUUACUCAAUUGGAGUGACUUGAAUUCUGUCUAAAGUCGUGUUACUUCAAACUAGGGAUGUGCUUACUUCAUUCCCAGGGACGUUAACCUGUUUAGCUUCAUCUCUCCUGGUAUGUUUGAGGGCAAUGAAAUGAAAGUCAACUGCACAAAUAUCUACUCAGUGUAUUCAGAAAGCAAAUCUCUUGAAAACUAUGCAGUUAACUGUUUUCAGUGCUAUAAACUUGAUGUGCUACCAUGUCAUUCAGGUUUAUGUAGCAAAUAAUACAACUAAAUUUUCUCUGCUCUUGCACUGGCUCCUCCACUAUAGGAGAAGCCUCUUGUAGUAGGAAGAAAUGUGUAGAUAAAUCCACUCGUAAAAUUGAAGAGACAAGUCACCUACAAGCACAGGUCCAACCCUCAGUUUGCAGAGCUUCCUGAACAGGGAAUUCUAUUAAUCUGCUUUUGAAUUUGUCUUAACAUAAAACUAAGUCUUAGAAAACCAUA